GCUCGAUUUUUCAUUUUCAAUUUCUCUCUUAAUUCAGUAACACUUAACUGCCUUUCUUUCUCCAUGAACUCUUCAUGAGUACUCAAAGCAAAUCUAAUAUUCUCAAUUUUUAAAACUGACAUUUGACGUGCAAUAGUUGUUGUUGAUCUUUCAAUUUUUAAAAAGCAUCAAAAUAUUAAAAUAAGCGAAAUUCAAGAAAAUGUGAAACAACCGAUUUCUCUCUCCGUGAUUAUAAAUAGACAGAUAUUCAUAUGCAACACUAACUUGCCAAAUUUAGAAGGUUGCCGCUUUUAAGUUACUACUAAAAUGGUGGGCAUAUCGCAACCUCAUCUCCUGCUUCUUCUUCUCCAGCUCUUCUCCAUAGGGCUGUUGAGAAUGGCCUCGGCGGCGCUAUUCACUCUCCAAAACAGCUGCAGUUACACCGUCUGGCCCGGCACGAUCUCCGGCAACGGCGCCGCCGUCCUCGGUGGCGGCGGCUUCGCAUUGGCCCCCGGAGACACCGUCCAGCUCCCGGCCCCGGAGGGCUGGUCCGGGCGUUUCUGGGCCCGGACCGGGUGCAACUUCAACGACGCUGGAGAGGGCCAGUGCGCCACCGGAGACUGCGGCGGCGCGAUCCGGUGCGCCGGCGGCGGCGUCCCGCCGGUCUCCCUAGCGGAGUUCACCAUCGGCAGCGGCGCGGGGGGGAAGGACUUCUACGACGUGAGCCUCGUGGACGGCUACAACGUGGGGAUAUCGGUGCAGCCCUCCGGCGGCUCCGGCGACUGCCAGUCCGCCGGGUGCGUGGCGGACGUCAACGCCAGCUGCCCCGAGGAGCUGCAGGUCGUCGACGGCGGCGGCGCGGUGGUGGCGUGCCGGAGCGCGUGCUCGGCGUUUGGGACGCCGGAGUUCUGCUGCACGGGCGCGCACGCGAGCCCGGACACGUGCGCGCCGACAGCGUACUCGGAUAUGUUCAAGAGUGCGUGCCCGGCGGCGUAUAGCUACGCCUACGAUGAUUUGUCGAGCACAUGCACUUGCACUGCCUCCGAUUAUUUCAUCAUCUUUUGCCCUUCAACCUGAAUUUAUAUCAUUAAUGGAUCCUUAUUUUUUCAUUA